UAAACUACAUUCAUAUUCUUAUAUUAAAGACAGAACCAGGCCCCAGAGACAUUUGUCUUUGAACUUUUCAGCAAGUGAACAGUGGUGCAGAUAAAUAAAAUUUCUACCCAGCUGUAGUUCUUGGCACACAGAUACGUUAUUGACCAUGAGUGGAUUAGACUAAGCUUUAAUCUUUCUGGUGAAGGAAAUGUGUAAACUCACCUGAAGGUGAAUUGACAUGAAAACUACAAGUUCUCUACACUGUAUUUAAGUCUUAUCUGAAUCUGUGUUAUAAUGGAUGACUCGAAUACUACCUUAUCAUAGCAGGUCACACAAGCCGAGGCGCGCAUGAAAAAUUAUACUCAGUCAAACACGAUGAGGGUGAUGAGGGACGCAGAAAUCCAGAUUGUGAUUCUACUGACGCAGAAAUCCGUUUUAUUUUUCUCAGCAUGCUUUUGUUCACGUGUCAGUAAUCUAAUCUACUUUAUAAAUGACUAGAGAGCAAGGUAAAGCUCACAGCAGGCUCCUGCAGAGAGUGUAGUGUGAGCUCUGUUGGAUAGUAUCCUGUGUAGUGCAUCUCAACAGAACUUCAUUAUGGUGUUAUGUAUGUGUAGCUUAAAAGAAACCAAGAGAGAAGAUUAAGUAUGGGGAUUGGUUUCAUAUUUUUCAUUUUUGGACUCGCAGUUAGCGCUAAGGAGGAGGACCUGCAAGGCUUUCAGUCCCUACAAACCGAGAGCGCAAACUUCAUAACAACUAUGUCAUCAGAUGAGCAAAACAGCUCCAGUGACAAUGGUGGAAAAGUUUCCACUGAAAGCCCUGCUCGCUUGACUAUGGUUGUUAUCGGUUCUCCAGGGACAGAUUUGUUCCAUACGCCACAUGAGAAGCAGCACUCAAGUACAGUAAAUGCAACCACAACCACUGAUAAAGAUGCAAUUACCUUAAAUGGGCUGAGCUUUGUCUUAGCUUAUGGUACAGGUUCACGUUCCACGGAUGAGGACAGCACAGCAGCGAGGCCGUUACAGUCUGAUGGAGACCUCUCAUUGAUCUCCAAUGAUGAGGAGAGGCUACAUCCCUCAGCUGAGGCUGAAUUUAAGUCAAUGAUGAAUGACACUAUGGCGCCUGCUGCUCAUCUGUCCAGAGGCAGGGGAAAGAUGUCUGCUUUUUUUCACGCUUCGCUGGAAAGCGAGAAUCAAAGAGUCUUGGAGUCUAUUACUCCUUCGCCUGCAAAUGGCAUUCACAUGGUAUCGGCCACUGAUCCAGCAGUAAUUGAUAACCUUGGGGAGUCAAACAAGAGCGUGGAAAGAUGGGGCGAAAACAAGACUGAAAAUUGGACUCUGGAGUCUUUUAAAACUGAUGAUCCUCUGAAUCCUACUGAAGAGGUUUCUUUGAAUAAGAACCAUUCAACCAUUAUGCAUUUUACAGUUUUGCAGGGUUCAGGGCUUUUAACCACUGAGCUUGGUCAAAAUCCAAGAAAUGGAUCUGAGCAUGAGCCAAAAGAACAGAGGAAUCUGCUUUCACCAAGUUCACUCAUCCUUGAUACUCCAUUACAAGUGAAAUCAGCCAGCCAAGUAAUAGUUAAUAAAAUGGCAGAAAGCAACAAAAAUCCCAGCACCAAUGGACCCAAACCCUUCAGGGUGUCACUAAAGCAACCAGACUCAAUGUUUCUAUUCUCCGCUUCAAAGCUGACCCCUGCAAAGAAUCCAGACACAACCACGCUGAAUUCUUUUUCAAACAUGGUAACAGCUGCUGGCAAAAUGCACGUGACAAAACAAUUUGGGGCCUCACAGUUGAUAUCUGAUUCCAUGCAUAGAAUUGUCUCAGCGAGGGACGGACUAGAAAGCAAAUCAGUUUUUCACACCAAAUCAAGUAAAGAGCGUCAAAUUAAACCAACGUUCCAAACUUUACCAACAAGUUUCCUUCAUCGUCUGAAUAAAAGUGACCUUUCUUUGGCCGCUCAAAACUUUUCAUCUUUACUCAAAAUGUCACAUCUUUGUACCAAAGGAGCCAGAACAUCUAAUAUCUCUGUGAUGGAGAAACGUAACAGAAUGGAUGAUUUUCCAGUUUGGCUGAGUGAAUUGAUGGCCUUUAGUACUGCCUCAUUAACCAACGCUGAGGAAGCAACUACUGCGAGUGAUAAGCGAAUGUUCAUGAAACAGACUCAAAGUUCACUUGCUGCUCCUGGAACCCUUUCAAUUCAAGAAGAUGCUUCAAAACAGCUCGAUCAGUUUGAUGAAUUAUCUACAGAGGCGCCUCUUCCACCUCUGACAAAGCUUAAGAAUGUGUUUCAUAUAUUCAAAGUGAGCAAUCAUCAGCCUCGACAUUCUCUAAAUGAUUUUCCCUCAGAGAGAUUAAAGCCUUUUGUAUCGCUUCAAACUCAACCGAUUCCACCUUUGUUUACAUAUGCAACUGUGAGGAGAUUCACAAAUAUGGAAGACUUUACCAAACUUGACUCUGUGAACCAAAACCAAAAAGCCCCAUCUGACAUAUCGGAGAGGCCAAACAUGAUCUCAAACAUAUUAACAAGACACGAAAUAAUAAACACAACCACAAUCAACAAAAACAUAUCACAUUUUAGCAUUCCCCCAACACAUCAGACUCCUAACAACUACAUAUCCACAACAAAGUCCUUUAUUACAACAACUAUGUUUUUAAAACCCCGGGAGUCUUUUGCCAAAAUCUCUCAUGCAGUCCCACAAAAGAAGUCCUUUCUGCUAACAACAACCUUCAGUAAAUCACAAAAUACAGUGACAACAGUUUUAUCCAUCUCUAAGAAACGAUAUAGUGAGUAUGACUUUAUAAAUCACUCGAUGACAACUGGAAACAUUGGAUUGCCAUUAGAUGACAAACAACAUAAAAACCCAAGAGGGACUGUGACGCUUUCUUUGGGCAGCUACACAGUUAGCAGUAUCCCAUCAGUCCAGCAGCUCAUUGAAGCUCACCCUGGAGAGAAAUUCCUCACAGAAACACCGCAAUCACAAUCUGGACUUCAGAUUGAGUCAAACUUAAAGAAGAGAGAUGACACAGUUAAACCAACAACUCUGAAACACCAUGAUCAGAGCAGUCAUUCCGUUGCUGGCAUGAAUCAACCCUUGUUCACGUCAAUUUCGUACAGGAUUGUUUCAAAUCCAAUUCACACUACUGUUUCCCCUGUUGCUCUGUCAAAUACAGAGUUUAAACAACAUUUGACCUUCUCUGCUCUUCCGUCAGUAUCUAUUGAGCAGACAGUGGCGCAGAUAAAUGGACUUGACAAUAACAAAGAUUCGCUUCAUAUGUUUGUCAAUUUAUCAGAAGUUAAAGAGCAUCCUAAGAACAUGACAACCAGCCCAAUUUCUGCCAUCAGUAGGCACACAAUAGAAGGGGCCUUGAACACGUCACCCCUUGAAUCAUUCACUGGAACAACUUCACCAACUUUCCCUUUGGAUCUUAUACAUAUGCAGAAUGUGUUGCAUAAAGAGCAUGUGACUUUAGCUGAAAACCAGACUGAAUUUUUCUCAACAGUGAAUGAGCAUUCACAAACGACGCAAUCAAACUUUCCUUCUGAUGAAAUGUCCAGUUCAGACGCAACAGAAGAUGUACAAAAACACCUUGGGCGGGCUUCGCUGUCUGCUGUUACUGGGGAAAAGUUCUCUCCUAUUGUCCACACGGAUUUGAGUUUCUCAAGUACAGAGACACAAUCACUCCCCAAAGGUUCAUUACAGUCCAGGGAAGGGAGUGAAGAUAUUUCACAUGGCACUGGUCCAUUUGCUGGAAGUGACUCAGGGGUAUCUGCUAAGUUCAUGUCAGAACUGCCAGUGAUAAACAGGAAGAGGAGGAUUAUAUCACCCGAUUCUCUCAGUGGUCUGGCGCAAAUCUCAGAUGAUAUCUGCGGCACUGGCAACUACACAGCAGAGAUGAGUCUGAACUUGGAGAGAGAUAUCAUGCCCGGAGAUCUCAUCCCUGCCCUCGGAAACCUACGCGUCGUCAUCAGCCUCAAAACAAAUAACAGCCAGGUGAACCUAGAGAUAAAAUCCUGCUGCCUCUCGCCCACCGUCAGACUUGAUGAAUUUAACACCACCUGCUGCAUUUUUUCCAGGCUGCCUAUAGACCCUCAUGGCAUUAGACUGCUUCCUAGCGUCCUGUCAAAGAGCGCCAGCUUCACCAUCAGUCUCUUCCAGAUGAUCAAUUACUCCACCGCUUACCUGCACUGUGACCUGAGCGUGUGUUUGAGGAACCGUUCUGAGUGCGAGAAGCAGUGCGUUCAGAGUCGAAAUGCGCAUCUCAGAGAGGAAGCAGGGGCCAUCUUCAGCAGCACGGGAAACCGCAUUUCUUUCGGCCCUGUUUUGAAAGAAGCAGACAAUUCAUCAUUCUCUGAAACAGCAGAUGACACUGAAGCCCUGGUGGUGAUUAUCAGCUCAGUGGCCAGCUGUUUGCUGGCAUGUUUGGCUCUCUUUCUUGUCUGGAUGGCAAACAGACGUUGUCUGCAAAGGUCUGCCCACUGCUGGUCCAGGGCCCUUUGUGAAUGCUAACAGAACAGCGCUCACUGCAAACCAGCCAACUGGACUGAAAUCUGCAUUGAGCAUUGAAUCAUUAUCUGACAGUUUUUGAAUUGCUCAUCAUUAUGUUUAGUUAGGUGCA